AUGAGUCGAUACCAUCCAAAGUCUCUCAGUUAUGUAUUGGGAGUCAAUGGUCAAGAUGAAUCACAUGUUCUACCCAUAAAUGCAAUCAAAUCUGACAACACACACCUAUUCACUGGUGGGAGAGAUGGUGUAGUGGCAGUUUUUGAUCAUAAUAUUGAUGUUAAAAAUCAUUCUCAACUCCACACUGAUUGGGUCAACGAUAUCGAAUUACUAAACAAUGAAAACUUGGUAUCGUGCUCGUCUGAUUUGUCCGUUAAGCUAUGGAACUUCCAAACAAAUGAUUAUGCCCUCAUUGGCCAUCACCAUGAUUAUGUGAAGGCGUUGACUGUUACUGGUGAUGGUCUUGUGAUUAGUGGUGGGUUGGACCGUUUUGUUAAUGUAUGGGAUGUUGAAAAAAGUGUUAAAGUUAGUGCAUAUGAAAAUGAAUUGAGUGAUGAUAAAGGAUCAAUUUAUACUUUGGGAUCAAAUAAAUCAACAGGAUUAGUGGCUUUUGGUGAUAAUGGAGCCAAUAUUUUAUUAUUUGAUCCAAAGAGUUCAAAACCUAUUUGUGAAUUGCAAAAUCAUAGAGAUACUGUCAAGUCAUUAAUCGUUGGUGAAAACUAUUUAUUAUCCGGGUCAUCUGACCAUAAUGUUCAUCUAUGGGAUUUGAGAACUAAUAAAGUUCUUAAAACUUACAAUUUUGAAAACUCUGUAUGGUCAUUAUAUUCCAAUGAUGACGAGUUUAAUGAAUUUUAUACUGGUGAUUCCAAAGGAAGAAUAUAUCAUACAAAUCAAGACAUCACUGAUAUUAUUGGACAUGAGAAGAAAGGUGUGUUGUCUAUUAACAAAUUUCAAAAUGAGAUAUGGUCAUCAUCUAUGGAGAAUUCUAACCUUACAAACUGGACUGAUCAUUCAAAGACUAGAGUUGGCGAGCCCGGUAUGAUUAAGGCAAGGUUACUUAACAAUAGACGUUAUGUUGUUACACUGAGUACUUCUGAUGAGGUUAAACUUUGGGAUAUUGUUAGAUGUGUGGAACUGAAAAACUUUGGUACCGAUGUUGGGUUUGAAGAUGUUAUUGAUGAAUACCAAACAAAUGAAAUAUUGCCUACAUGGUGUCGUGUUACAGUGAAGGCUGGGAGAUUAUUUAUUGUACUCAGUGAAACCACUUAUUUGAACACAGAGGUUUAUGGUGAUGAUAUUGAGGAAUAUGGCUUGAAAUUAGACCAUGAGACCAGGUAUAGCUUAGGGAAGAUUGUUAUCAACUCAAUAUUCCACAAAUUUUUGGAUUAUGAGCAGAGUCAAGAUCAUGAAAUAAGAGAAGGUCGAAUCAAAGAAUUGAAAGGUGUUUCAAAGCUUCAUCUUUUAUCAAGAUUAUCAUCGCAUGAAAAUACUCCAGCUCAUUCGGUUCCUCAUUCUCAAACGCAAACACCUGUUGAUGAACACAAAAGCUUUUUCAGUGAUAAAUUGUCUGAUAGUUUAAGCUCAUUACCUCCAUCAUCUGCACCUGCUGUUCUUCAAGACAGCAAUUCUGAAAAUAACCAAAAGAAGGAAGAUACAGGCACUCCUUCCAGCUUUAGAAGACUAAAGUUAUUCGGACGGAAAUCAUCAUCAUCAAAGAAUCAAAGUAUACCAAUUUCAGAAGAAGGACCAGUUGACGAACCUCCUGCUCCAACAGCAAAUGCUGUAUCUACAUCCCAACUUCCACAACAACCUACAACUGCACCUGAACCCCAAACAUCAAAUGGUGGCGAUAAUGCUUCAUCCAAAUCUCAACCGAACUCAGAACCAGGCUCGAAAGAUGGUAGUAGAAAAUCUUCACAAGCUGAAGUUGAUGAUUCAUUCCAAACUGUCCUUCAAGAGAUUAAAAACACAUAUGACAGCAUUUCGCAUGCGAAUCAAUUACACGUUUCCUACAUCACUCCUCCACCAAAAUAUGAAGUUCCCGUUAUUGAGCUACCACAUGAUUUGAUCAUUAUUAUUAAUGAACGUGUUGGUGGUUCAAGUAAUGAACUUGAUCUUUACAGUGAGUUUUUGAGCUCGCUAAACUAUCAAACUUUAGAAAACCUAUUACCAAAAUGGAUAGGCAAUUUCAUUUUAAAGAAUAGAUUCACAAUUAAAGAUUUCCCAAAAAUCGGAUUCACCAUUUCAAGAUUACCUUCAGCAACAGAUAUACCUAACAUCACUAAUGGGAAUUGCAGACUUAAUGCCUACAAUAUGUUACGUGUCAAAAGAAUAUUGACCUAUAUCACAGAUCGAAUGGAAAGCAAGACAAGUGAAAUGACACAUCAUGUUAAACCUGAAGAAUGGUUAGAAGUGCUAUGUAAUGAUAAAGUGUUGCCAAAUAACAUGACUUUGGCAACUUUGAAGGCAACCAUCUGGAGAUCUAGUGGUGAUAUACAGAUUACUUAUAGACGUAAAGAAGAGUGAAUGGAUGAGGUAAAUAUUAUUUAUGAUUAUU